UUCCUGUUCCCGCACUUCCAGAAAGAAUCAUCGGAAGUUCGGAACAAUCACUCGUCACUGUACAGGUCAUCACCCGUGUUCGUCGUAACUAUCAGUCAUCGCCCUGGUCUUCAUCCGUGUUAAGAAUAUGCAGAACACAAAGCGCACAAAGCGAGGGAGAAAGCAAGUUGUUGAUGAAGCAGGUACAUCUCUCUCUGUGCCUCCCCCUGUCUCUGUGCCCCCACAAGUUGCGCCAACUGCAGUUUCAACAAUUGAAAACCUAAAAGAGGAAAAUAAACUUUUGAAAGAGGAGCGAGACUUCCUUCGGGAGCAAUUAAAAUGUGCUCUUAAAAACAGACAACCAAGACAGAAAGAGAAGAUGCAAAAUGAUGCUUCUUCUGAGUCAGAAUCUGGAGAGAGUUCAACAUUCUCAGACACAUCGGAUUCAUCUGACAAGCCUCCAAAAAGAAAACAAAAGAGAAAGCACAAAGUCAGGGAGGAAAAACAUGCCGCCAUUCGAAGAGUUCAAACACCUGAUGAUGUUUUGCAACGUUACAAGGCCAUUCUGAAAAGCUUCAUGAAGACCAGAAGUGUCUCCCACAGCUGCAAGCAACACAAUGUUGAUCGCAAUACCAUCGCACUUACAGCCAUUAUUGCAGAGUUGCAGAUUAUUGCUACUCCUGAACUCCACAUUCCUGAAUUUCAGGGUGGAACUCUACAGAAAUAUGCGAAGGAGUGCAAGGAAAACAUGGAUACAAACCCAGAAGUCAUUAAUAAAAUCAAUGAAAUGAAACGUAAACGUGAACUCCUGCCAAUUAGGUACAAAUUUAGAAAGGAAGACAAUUAAUUGACCCAGUAGUAUAAUAAGCUGUUCUCAAAAUAACAUUUCUGCAUUUUUUAUGAUGGUUAAAUAGUAUU